AUGGAUCCUCAGGCGCUGGCUUUGCGUCCGACCGUCGGUCUCACCACAGGUCACUCCAAGGCCAUCUUCGGGACUACGAUAUCAUUCCUCAUACUCGCAACUGCAUUCGUCGCUCUACGAGCGUGGGCCGGCCGAUUGAGACGGAAACCGUAUCGCAUAGACGACUAUCUCGUUUUUGGGGCGCUGUUCCUCUACUAUGGUCAAGCAGCCUGUACUCUCGUACAGCUUUUUCUUGGCGGUGCUGGACAUCAUGUUGAGGAACUUCAUCCAAAAAAUAUUGAGCUCAGUCUCCAGAUGCUCAUUCCCCUGGCGAUACUGUACUCCAUUGAAAUGGCAUCAAUCAAGUGCAGCAUCUGUUUGAUGCUUGUACGCAUCUUCUUCAUCAGGUCUUUCAGGAUGGCCGCCUAUAUGGUCAUGACCGUCACCAUCCUUUGGUCGAUAUACGCCGCUAUUGGUACUUGGGCGCUUUGCACACCCAUUGCCUUCAACUGGAACCCAAUGAUUCCUGGUGGACACUGCGCCAACCGUCAGGCAAGCUUCUACGCCAUCGGUGUGCUCGAUGUUGCAACCGACUGCCUCAUCUUCCUGCUUCCUAUUCCAAUGAUCUGGAACCUUCAGACAGCUAUGCGAAACAAGAUCGGACUGUACCUGAUUUUUAGCAUCGGUGUCGUAUCCAUCAUCAUCAGCGGACUCCGCGCCAAAUCCACCCUCUCAAUAUCAUUCUCAGACUUUACCUACACCGGCGCCUUAGGUUUCAUCUGGAGUCAGAUAGAACCCGGUAUCGGCCUCAUCAUCGCCUCCUGUCUUCUCCUGCGCCCAGUCCUCGACAAGAUCAUGCCGCAUGGUCUCAAGAUGACGGCAAAGCGCUCCCCGAAACACACCACCGAUCGCACAGCUGCCAGCGAGCAUACAUUUCCAUUGCGAGAUGUGGACACAGGGAAUACAACGACUACAGCGUUCGCAGCCGCAGGAUCGGAGCCUUCGCUGGAAGACGGUGUGACAGGCCCUGGGUGGAAGUAUACGAUGAUGGAUGAUGAUCGCGCUGUCACUCCGGCUAACGAAAGCAUCAAGGUCGAGACGAGAUGGGAUAUAGAGAGACAUGAGCGAAAAAGCGCAGGCGUUUAG